AUGUCGGCAGGCAACGCACAGAUUGGGAAACUGGCCCCUGAAUUCCAGGCCACUGCUGUCAUGCCUGAUGGGCAGUUCAAAGAAAUCAAGCUUUCGGACUACAGAGGAAAGUACCUGGUCUUCUUCUUCUACCCCUUGGACUUCACCUUUGUCUGCCCCACGGAGAUCAUAGCGUUCAGUGACCGCGCAGAGGAGUUCAAGAAGAUCAACUGCGAGGUGAUAGGCGCCUCUGUGGACUCGCACUUCUGUCACCUGGCCUGGACCAACAGCCCGCGGAAGGAAGGUGGGCUGGGCCGCAUGAACAUCCCACUGGUGGCCGACACCAAGCGCACCAUCUCAACAGAUUAUGGUGUCUUGAAGGAGGAUGAAGGCAUCGCAUUCCGAGGUCUCUUUAUCAUCGAUGAGAAGGGGAUCCUCCGCCAGAUCACCAUCAAUGACCUCCCUGUCGGCCGAUCUGUGGAUGAAACUCUGCGGCUCGUCCAGGCGUUCCAAUACACUGACAAAUUUGGAGAAGUGUGCCCAGCUGGCUGGAACCCAGGAAGUGACACCAUCAAGCCUGACAUCGCGAAAAGCAAAGAGUACUUCUCCAAGCAAAAAGCAUGA